GUAAUGUACUACUAUGUAUGUGCAGCUCAAAGCAAUUAGCAAUUUGACCCAUGUUGAGCCCUGCCCCUCACUGAGUCGCCGUAUCACAAUGUACCUCACAAAUAUUUCUUAUUUUCUCUGUUAGUCUGUUAGGUAUCCGAGUUCAUUUCCUAUUUAUUCGAGCUCAAGUCAGAUUCGGGCCAUUAGAACACCUGGAUGUAGCCAGCCACGUUUGGAGCUUCCGAGGCACCACAAAAUCAGUUUUACUCGCUUCACUUGUAUUGGCGACACCUACAAGAACCGACCCUCUGUGGGGUUGAUUCGCAAACUCCGGCGUUUUCCGAGCCUUGUUCUGUAUCAAACAAAAAUCAUCUAAUUGACUCCAACAAACUCCCUACGCACAGUUAAUUGCCGUAUCACAUCAUUCGAGGUUCAUUGUAGUGUGUACUAUUGUGUAGAAGGGACAAGAUGGCUCCGUGGUCAUCCUGGUUCCAGUCUGCCUCGCAGCAGCAAAAGGAACAACAGCGAGACUCAUCACCCUCGUCGCCUCCCCCCAUGACAAGCCCUCCUUCCUCACCGAAUCAGACCCCUGCUCUACCUUCAACUGAACCUUUGACACCCAAAAUAAAGAAACGUGACUACAGAGAAAUGCCAUCACCUACUGAGCUACGGGAGAUAGGUGCGAAGUCCUUGCAGACUGGUAUGGUCACAGGUGGAUUCGGACUCCUCGUGGGUGCUGGUUCAGGUAUUAUGCGUUCUGCGCCGCCCGCCCUGUUUGCAGUUUUCGCUGGCCUUCAAUGGUUCACUUUAGGCUCGACCUAUAUAGCUUCGAGAGGACUUCUUCAUCAUGCAUGGGGUGGCGAAGAGAACCUAAGUUCCUUGGAGUUGGUAGCAGCAGGUGGUAUUGCUGGCGGCGUGUCAGGUAUGGUUGGUGGCAUGAUCCGUGGCCCUAGAAACGUUUUACCAGGCAUUUUUGUCUUUGGCACUCUAGGAGCUGGAAGCUCAUAUGUGUCUCAACUACUUCGGGGUACUGGAUCAGCCCGGGAGAAAAGUUGGCUCGAUUCAAAAUGGAGUCCCAUGCAGCGACUAUCUGAUAAAGACUACUUGGACAAAGUUGAAGACAAGAUUCUUCGACUUGAUGCGGACAUUGCCAUCAUUGACGAUAAUAUUGCAUCUCUGAAAAAGACGUUGCAUUCACCCGCGCCGUCGCCAAAUUCCACGAAAUGACCGAAACCGUAGACGCCGAUGAGUGAUUAGCUAUCAGACGCUUGAGACCUAUAGGAAGGGGGCCUUUUGAAUCGGACUAUACACUCCCUGGUUGAGCUAUUGAGCGACAUUGCAGUAAAUGUUCGACAUACAAACUCGCAUUUCAUCUUGCGAUGUACCAUCAUUAAUGUAGUACUAUAACAAAUUCUAGGACAAAUAUGAAAUUGUCCAAUGGUAUAGAGAUGUCUGUCAGGCGAGACAAGCCCGCAAAUUGAAUUUGGCUACUGCACGAUUAGCUAAGGACGAUGCAAGCGUAAAACAAACAUUGUUUGUGACACAACAGCACCCCCCUACUCUCUGCAAGCCAGGAUUUAAAAUAGUCACAACCAUAUUGUUAACCAACAUGCUGAUAUAACAACACACAUCUCCAACAAAAGGAAUCAAAAAUUACAAAAGGAGAAUAUAGGUCUCCCCGGGAAUCGAACCCAGAUUGGUGGAAAUUUGCUUCAUGAUGUUAAUGAGUCAAAAUCCACAGUGAUAACCAUUACACCAGGAAACCC